AUCAUCGCAAAGUUUCAAAUCUGAAGUGAAGAAGAGAGAACGCAGUAUAGUAUUAGUAAUGUUGAGGCUUGUUGUUUCCCGAUGCCUUAGGCGGCCGUUGGGAAAGUCGACUGUUGUCCGAUGUGCAUCAGGGUUUACGGGCAUAGACCUUCCCCUAACGCCCCGGGCUCCUGAUACUCGGACGAGCCAACAGCAGGCGUCGCCCUCGGAGCACGUUCAGCAGCUUACCCAGCAGCCUGCUCGGCAGCCUCGUCCAAAUGCUCAGCAAGGACGCAAACUUGAAUUAAAACUCUCGGAAAGUUACACUCCUCAUCUGACAGCAGGAGAAGUUGAAGAGGGUCUGAAAGAUGGAUCUUUAUUUGUUGGCAAAUUCCGCAUCAAUGCGAAGAAUUAUCAGCAUGGCUUUGUCCCUGAUCCCAGUGGAGGUCCUGAUAUUAUGUUUGAGGGAAUGUAUUCCAGGAAUCGAGCUUUUGACGGUGAUGAAGUGGUGUAUAGCCUGCAACCCCGGCACAGAUGGAAGAUGCAAGGACACGGAGUGUCGGGUACGGUGGUAGAUGCAGAUUUGACCUCGAUACGAAUGCAGAAGACAGCCGAAGUGAAAGCCAUUCACAAAGAGGUUGGAUCCAGGUUUGCAGCAUGCCGAGUCAAGUUGUAUGAAUUGGCCCUUGGCAUUGUGCUGUUUUCACCGAGAGACCAUCGCAAACCACGUAUCAUUGUUCCUCUGAACAAGCUGCCGGUUGAUUUCCGGCAAAAAUUCUCUGCUUACAGGAAGAAGCUGUUUUCAGUGGAAAUAGCAGCAUGGGGAGAGGACGCUGUGUUUGCGCAGGGACAACUAUCAGAGAUUAUUGGUGAGGCUGGUAGCAUUGAGGCUGAAGAAGCCGCACUUCUCCUGGAAGAAGGUCUAGAUUAUCCACCAUUUUCGGAGGAGAUUGAGGCGGAAGUUGCGAGUAUGUCUGCGGAGAUUACUAAGGAAGAGCUGAAAACAAGGAGAGACAUCAGACAAGCAACUGUGUUUGCCAUUGAUCCAGCAGACUCCAAAGAUGCUGAUGAUGCGAUUCACUGGAAACCGCUGAGAGGGAAGAAGUACGAGGUUGGCGUUCAUAUUGCUGAUGUAUCUUACUACGUCGCCCCAGACGGUCACAUUGAUAGACGUGCCUCGGAGCAGUGCUUUACACAUUAUCUAGCAUCUCGGGCCCUUCACAUGUUACCGCCGCAACUCAGCGAGGAUCUGUGCAGUUUACGACAUGCUGUGGAUCGGCGAGCUUUGUCCUGUAUUUUCACUCUGAACCACAAGCAUGAGAUCGUUGACACGUGGAUAGGGCCCACUGCUAUACAUGGCAAGGGGAAACUGAGCUAUGAUGAAGCUGACGAGAUUCUAGAGACUGGGACUGUUCCUGACUUUGCUGCCGUCGAUGGUUGUCAAGAUGACAUUGUCAAAUCCCUCAAACACCUGGAGAUUUUCACCAAUAAGCUGAAGAAGGGGCGUGAGGAACAUGGCUGUGUUGACAUCCGAGCGGCAGGUGGUAAAGAGCUCAAGUUUAUCAUGGGUGAGGACAACGAACCGAUCAGCUGCUACAAGAAACGUAACUUUCGAUCAGGAGUGUUGAUUGAAGAGCUCAUGCUUCUUGCUAACCAAACUGUUGCCAAGUUCCUGGUCGCCAAGCAGCCAGAUGCUGCCGUCUUUCGUACGCAGACGGCGCCACAGCCGUCGAAGUUAAAUCAGUUUGAAGAAUUUUGUUCGGAAGUUGAUGGUGUUCAGAUACCAUCAAGUUGGGACCAUACAUCAGCAUCAGCAUUCCUGUCCAGCUUGAAAGGCAUGCGCAUUGAGCCAGUCAUCUGUGAGCGUCUUGUCAGGUCAAUGGAACGUGCUGAUUACCAGACGUUUGCAUCCGGUGCGAAGAAAGACAAGGAGGAGCAGGAUGUGAGUCACUUUGCAUUGAAUAUGACCCACUACACUCACUUCACGUCGCCGAUUCGCCGCUACCCUGACCUAAUUGCUCACCGUCAGGUACGCGACAGUCUUGCUGGCAUCGAAUGGAGUGCGGCCAAGGACUUGGUGGCACAAGUUGAGAAAUCGACGGCUCAGGAGAAGCGUGCUGACACUGCUAGCCAGAACAGCGUUAGUCUCUUCUUUGGCGCCUACAUCAGACACGUGAAGGAGAUCACAACCACUGCCAUUGUUGUCGAACCGUUGCCACGCAAGCUUGUUGUUUACCUAGAGCAGUUCGGCACAUCAACUGACAUUUUCCUUGAUAACACAUCCCUGUCUGCAGAUUCAUUCAGUAGAUUUCAGGUGCUUGAUGUCUGCCUAUGCCAUGCUCCAGUCGAUGAUGACCCCCUUUUCUACAAGGUCACUGUUGCGUAGAACCAGCUGGCCUGGCCUACAAGAUUAUUAUUAGCGUGGUUUUUUUUCAUUCUUGUAUCCACUAUGAUCCUGUAUUGGUCUCACGA